AUGUUGAGAACAUAUAGUAAAUCAUUGUUGAAGACAUCAACUACCAUAAAGAAAUCGUUCCUGUUCAACACAGCAACUUUAUCGUUACCCACCAACAAGAAAUAUUCUACUUCAGUUCCUGAUGCUAAUGAUGAAUCACAUACCGGGAAAUUUAUCAAUUCGAUUUCUAAACCUUAUUCAGUAACCACUUAUGCACGUCCGAAUCUAGUGUUAACUCAUGGUAAAGGGUCAUAUAUAUAUGAUUUAGAAGAUCGUAAAUAUAUUGAUUUCACAUCUGGUAUUGCUGUUACUUGUUUAGGACAUUCUUAUGAACCCAUCACGCAAUUAAUUAAAGAUCAAAGUGAAAAAUUGAUUCAUUGUUCAAAUUUAUAUUAUAAUUUACCUGCUGGAGAAUUAUCCAAUAAAUUAAUUGUUAAAACAAAAGAAUUUGAUGGGAUGAAAGAUGCUAGUCGAGUAUUUUUAUGUAAUUCUGGUACUGAAGCUAAUGAAGCAGCAUUGAAAUUUGCCCGUAAAUAUGGGAAAUCAAUAAAUCCGGAAAAAUAUGAAUUUAUAACUUUUGAAAAUUCUUUCCAUGGUCGAUCAAUGGGGGCAUUAUCAGUGACACCAAAUCCAAAAUAUCAAGAACCAUUUUCUCCUUUGAUCCCAGGGGUCAAAAUUGCUAAACCUAAUGAUAUUGAAAGUGUUAAACAAGUUAUAAAUAAAGAUAAAACUUGUGCAGUGAUAAUCGAACCUUUACAAGGUGAAGGUGGAGUUAAUAUUAUUGAUGAAUCAUUUUUAAUUGAAUUGCGUAAAUUAUGUGAUGAAAAUAAUGUAUUGUUAAUUUAUGAUGAAAUCCAAUGUGGAUUGGGUCGUACCGGGAAAUUAUGGGCUCAUUCAUGGUUAUCUCCAGAGGCUCAUCCCGAUAUAGUUACUAUUGCCAAGGCAUUAGGUAAUGGUUUCCCCAUUGGUGCAACUAUGAUCACCGAAAAAGUUGAAAAAAGUUUAAAUGUAGGUGAUCAUGGAACAACAUAUGGUGGUAAUCCAUUAGCUUCUACUGUUGGUUCAUAUAUUGUUGAUCAUAUUGGUGAUAAAGAAUUUUUACAACAAGUGGAAAACAAAUCACAAAUUUUCCUUGAAGGAUUAAAUAAAAUAGCUGAAGAAAAUUCUAAUUUGAUUGAAAAAGUUAAAGGUAAAGGGUUGUUAUUAGGUUUACAAUUUAAAGAAAAUGUUGAUAUUGGUGAAAUUGUUGCUAAAUGUAGACAACAUGGUUUAUUGAUUAUUACUGCUGGGAUGAAUACUAUUAGAUUGGUUCCAGCUUUAAAUAUUCCUGAUCAAACUAUCAAAGAUGGGCUUGAAAUUUUAACUCAAAGUAUCAAAGAAGUUAAUUAA